AUGACAACGAUCAUAAACAACAACAGCAACAACAACAACAACACCAACAACAACACCAACAACAACACCAACAACAAAUCUUCGAACGGAAAUACUCUAAUUCCCAAUCCGGCAGCCUACAUGAUACAAAAACAGCUAAACAGCACAAACAACAGCAACAACAACAACAACAACAAUAACUUUGGUAGUAGCAGUUGUAGUAACAUAAGAAGUAGCAGAAAUAACAUUAAAGUUCCGUCUACCGGCACGGGCACAGUGAAUAAUGUUAUGCUAGGUUGCAACAACAACAACAACAAUUGUUAUUCCUCCCUUGAACCUCUGCCACCACCGCUCUAUCGCCAGAACUUCAACAACAGCAAUUUAAUUUCAUCAACGACAUCAACAACGACAUUUAACAUCUACAACAACAACAACAACAACAACAGCAAAUUCAAGAACAACAACAUUCAAACGUCAUAUAACAACACCCACGACAACAAUGACGUAAUCGAUGACGUCAGUGUUUACAUCCAGCAUCCGCCGUGUUUAGACGCCCACAACGGCUGGUACCCUAGCCUCAGUGGCCUCAAUUACGGAGACGACCUUGACAGGACAUGUGACCUUGCGAGCACACGUGAUCUUGAAAAGACACGUGACCUUGGAAUGUCGCGUGACGUCAGAAGUUCGCCACCGUCUUCACCAUCACAGCAUCAUCCGUACAGCAAAACUCACAGCAGUUCCUACGACAGCCCGUGCAAUGGAAACCUAAAUAGCAGCCUGGAAAGCGAUCACCUCAUCCAAAGUUUCAACGAUCAGCAAUUUUCGGCCCACUUCCAUCAAAGACGUCGACCCACCCUACCUCUAACUGACCACAAAACUUUAAACUUUGACCUUUACCCCGGAGGUCAAUACGCUAAAUCACGUGAUCAGACUGGCCCCGCCCUACCUUACGACGUUUUGAUUAAAAAUAAACCUGCUAAUAAGAACGCGAGAGAAACGAAGAAGCUGAAAUCUCGCACUUCCAAAUCGGCCCACCAUCACCACCAUCAUCAUCAUCACCAACCGCCAAGUCCGAGCAGUACUGAUAGUAGUUACGGUCGAUCUAACGACCCCAACAACAACAACAACAAACAACAAUACAAACCUCCACAGAGGAAGAAGCCACAACAAAAACAACUACAACAACAACACAUUAAUUAUAACAACAACGUCAACGCAACUACUAACAACAAUAACGUUAAUAAAAAUAACAACAAUAACAUUAUUAACAACAACAACCACAAUAAUAAUAAUAAUAAUAAUACUAAUAACAGCAAUAACACUAAUAACGAGUUUUUAAUACACGAACAAUGCAUGUUCAAGCCGAUAAAAGAUGAUAUCGUUAUCAAAAAAACUGCAUAUAACCACAACAACAACAAUAACAACAACAGCAACAUUUUAAACUUCGAAGACGUCAAUUUGCCAUAUGAUGUUAGACAAUGA